AUGAAUUUAGAUGGAGAAUCAGAUCCAAACAAAUUAUCUAAUUACAUUCAAUCUUAUUCUAAAUAUUCAUUUUAUCUUACCAUUAAAUUAGAUUUAUUAAAAUAUAUUCAACAAAAAAAAAAUAAUGAUGAUUUGAAAAAAUUUAUUGACGAGAAAGUCAUCGAACCAAAUAGAUUAUUAUCAACAGAUAUAAAUGAUAGAGUCACUUUUUUUGACAGUCCCUCACCAAAUCAUAAUUUAUUGCUGCCAAUCCAAACUAGAAUCAAAUUAUUGGAAUUGUAUAAAGACAAAUACGAUGAAAAACAUAUUUAUCUAAAGAAGCGUAUUGAAGAUUUAAUUAAAGGUUAUCAAGAGUCAAUUAGAUUCUAUGUAGACGAGGCUAUAAAAUUAAGAAACAGCGAAAAGAGAAUGAACUUAUACGAUAGCAAUGUCUAUUUGCUAAGUGAGGACCUGGAGUAUAGAGAGGUUGCUUUGGACACGGCAUAUCAAAUAGCAUGCUAUGAUAAGCAAGAGUACGACUAUGUUAGAAAGAAUUUAAGAGGUCUUAGUAUCAGUAGCCAACUAGGAGGUGUUUAUUUUAAAGUAGAUAGUGGUUCUAGACUACUAUCGCCGGCAAAAGAAGACGCUGUCUUUAGAUUUUACAGUUUACUCUAUGGUUUGGACCAACAAUUGAUAUCACCAACUCAAUUAUUAAUAUUAAGUAAAUUACCUAUUUUACCAUCAAUUUUAUCAGAGUCUCCAGAAAGAAAGUUAAUGGCUAAAAUUAAAAAGGAAAAUGGUUUCAAAUCUUCAAGAGAUGUCUUUCUCUUUGAUCCAGAGUUGAAAGUUAGAGUGGAUGCGGCCAUGUUAUUAGAAAGAACAUUACCAAUUCAAGGUAGUUUGUUUAAAGAGGGACAAACUUUCGAAAAAUUUCUAAAGGGUAUUGAGGCAAAUCAAGCAUCAGAAUCAUUACUGGGUACAAUUAAUGAGUAUAGUUUCAGUAGUCAUGUAUUGGCAAACCCAUUGAUGAACAAACAAGUUAACGAGCUUUCAAGAUCCCAGUUUAUAAAUCAACACCCUACACUUUUAAUACUGGAAUGGCUUUCGCAAUUACUUGAAAAAGAAAAUGUUUAUAACCAACUAGUAGAGAAAUCGCUGUCAACAAUCUACCCACAUACACCAAAAGCAAAUACAUGUAAUUUAAUUAAAGAGAGCUUAAAUUUACCUUUAAAGUUUCCAGUUGGAUUCAUUGACUCAUUGAAAGAAAGAUUUAUAAAAAUUCAAAAGAUACUGAUCGAGAAGCCAGAGACCACACAUCAAGAACUUUUUAAACAAAUUCACAGAUUUGCAUCAGUUUAUUAUGAUGCGGUAUCAAAGAUUUAUAAUAAUCCAUUAGAUAGAAUUGCAUCUAUAAAAAACAACAAUAAAGAUGAGAAUCUCAAAGCUUACUUUUCAGAAAACUCUUCAUUUCAAACAGAAAUUCUUCAAAAUAAAUUCCUUUCAACAACAUCCACAAUAACCAUAAGAGAAUCAAUAGUUAACAUUGUCAAUAAUUUAAAAGUAACAGAUUUAAUUUCACUAAAAGAAGAGGUUUUUUUUCAAAUUAUCAAAUUGAUUAUUAAAUUAAUAAAAGAAUCAAAAAUUAUAUUUCAAUUUAAAAACUUAUGGAAUGUAUACUGUCAAGAAUUAUUAAUAAUGUUAAUGAGAAAUAAUGCUAAAGAAGAUGUUAUUCAUGAUUUUUUAGGUUGUUUUAGUAUUAAUGAUAGCCAACUCAAUAAAGAUGAACAUGGUAAACCAAAGUCAUUGAUUCAUCAAAUUAUUUCAAGAAUACAAACUGCUUCUUCAAAAAUUAAAUAUAUUCGAAUGUUUGUAUCACUGGGUUUAGAUAUAAAUGUUACGGAAUAUAGUUUAUCACCUUUAGAUUUGGCUCUUUGUUCUGAUAAUAAAUCUGAAUACAUAGAACUAUUCAUAGAAUUGGUAAAGCUGGGUGCUGGUAAAACUUUAAAUGAAAAUACAAUAUCUGAAUUUUAUUUUUCAUUAACAGAAAACGAACAAAAAUACCUUUUCAAGACUAUGAAAUCUAUCACAAAUAUAAACCCAAAAGUGGAGUGGUUGUUGGCACUUAAUCAUCUUUUUCCAUUGGCUCCCAUCGGUGCCAAUAUAGACUCAGUCAUUAGUGAAGGCCAUGUAUUUGAAACAUCAACAAGGGGUACAAGAAUUAUAAGAGAAAAGCACUGGGGAACAAUAUUUGAUUUAAAUAACAAUCCGAUAAGAAUGAAUAAGUAUGGUAAAAGAACUGUGCCUUUUAUUGAAGACCGUGGCUUUAAAAUUUAUUUAAAAUUUGAACCUCAAUUUCCUGGUACAGAGCUAGCAGUUUCAUUACUUGGUCAACAGUUGUUCGGAAAUUACUCAACAUAUUCAGAAUUAGCAGUCAUUAAUGGAUUCAUCGUUUUAUUGGUUCAAGCAGCUAAGGGGGGAUCAUUACAUGAAUUUGUGGAGAAAAAUAAUGGCAUGUCGAGAUUAAAUUUAUUAAACAAAUCAAAUAUAUCAAAACAAUUGAUAAUGGAAAUGUUGAUUAAUAAUGGAGAUGGUAACUUAGGAAACUAUAUUAUUGAGGAAAAACAAUGUGGUCAUAGACAAAGCGAGGAGAAUUCAUGUGAAUAUUUCAUUGUCCCUAUUGAUAGCGAUCAAUCAUUUAUGCCACCAGUCACAAAAGAGAUUAAUGGAUCAUUUUUUGAUAAAAAGAAACUAUCUCUACAAGUAGAUACCUGUCUAUUCCUUUUAGAUCAAAUGAAUGACAACAUUCAUAAAGAUGUUGUAUUGUGCUUAAGAGAUAGAGACUUUGCCACUGAAUUAAAAAAUUGGUUGGACUCACUAAGUUCGAUGCAUUAUACAUGGAUUGGAUUCUUUAAAAAGCUUAAAAACAAAGGUAUCUUAGGGUCACAGUCAAUUAAUGAUUCAACUAUUGGUGUAUUAUUUGUACCAGGUCAAAUCAAACAUUUAUAUUCAAAAAUGGUUAGGUUGCAAAAUUUAAUUAAAAAAGAUAUUACUCAUAUGGCAUUAUUAGAGUCAUUAGAACCGCUAGUUGGAAAAAGAUAUAAAUCAAUUAUUGCCCAAUCGAAAACAAUGUCUUUUUUAUAUAGAUAUCAACAUUUUAAGAAUACAAAAGAUGCAAGUUUAUUAACAUCAUCUGCCUAUCUAUCAGAUCUUGCAUUGGAAUCAAGAGAUAUACCAAAUGUAUCAAUGAUUCAGAAUCAGAUUAAUUCAGGUAGUUAUGGACCAAAACAAGCGAUAGAAGAAUUAAAUGAAAUAAAAAGAGAACACCAUAGUAUAGAGCAAAUUAUUAAAGAUUUAAGUGAUGUAGAAAACUCGAACACUGAACGAAUAGAUAACUCCAUUAAAUUAGAGUCCCUAAACAAUAAUAGCAUCACUGAUGUUUUAUUAGAGAAAGUAUUAAAGCAAUCCAAUCUAGAGAAACUAACACAGGACCAAGAAAAAAAUUUAUUCAAAUUGAUAGCAAAAAAAGAACUAAUAAAUAUUUAUAUUAGAGGGACCAAAACAUUAACAUCAUCCACACUAAAAUUCAACUUUAAUAGUGUUGUAGUAUUGGAUUUAUCAUACUCGUAUCAAUUAACUUCAAUCGCCAAUGGUAUCAUAAUAAGUAGUCCAAUCGAAAUGCCCUGUUUAAAGAAAAUAAAAAUGGAUCAUUGUAAUAAACUUGAUUACCUAAAAUUAAAAGCAAAUUGUUUAAAAGAACUAAGUGCCUCUUUUUGCAUAUUCAAAGUAUUCGAACUAGAUGCCCCAGAUAUAACUUAUAUGAAUUUAUCAAAUGGCUCCAUUCAAAAUAUAGAAAUUUUAUUAAAUGGUCUCAAAAAAUUCCAUAAUUUAGAAUUGUUAAAUAUUAGCAAAAACAAUUUUCAAGGUUUAGAUCCUUCGGCUUAUGUCACCGCGAAAAAGUUAAUAUACUUGGAUAUAAAAGAUAAUGUUGAAAAUAAACUACAAAUACUCUCAUUUGGACACUACGGCACAAAUUCAGAAUUAAUUGGGCGAAUUCUGUGCAAAAGUUCUCCAAUAACUAAACCAGUUUUAUGUUACACAGAAGGAAAUAUGGAACUAGAUUAUAAUGAUUCAUGUAAUAUAUAUUUUAUUACAGAAGUUGAAUAUUAUGGAAGGGGCAAAAUGGAUUUAUUCCACAAAUAUUAUAAAUUCUUUGUAACUAUAAUGUUUUUUGAUCCAUCAAAUGCAAAUUUUUUCAAUAUUGUUACAACUCACUAUAAGUCGGCAAGGGGCAUAUUCGGAGAUGAAACAAAGUAUAUUUUAUUUGGUGCAACAAAAGAAUAUAAAGAGGACUGCCAAGAGGUUUUAGACUUUCAUAAAGACAAUCCAAACAUAAAAUUAAUAUAUUCAAUAGGUGUGGAUACAGCCGACAAAGAAUUUAAUUUAAAAAAACAACUACAGGAUUAUAUUAAAUUUUUAAAAUAA